UCACCUCCUAACCGCUCCCCUGCCGGCCUGAUUGACACCUAACUGCUCCCCUGCCAGCCUGAUGGCCCCCAACUGCCCUCCCCUGCAGACCUGAUCGCCCCCAUCUGCCCUCCUCUGCCGGCCAUCUUGUGACAAUGUGGAGGCAGCCAACUUGUGAUGCCAGGGAUAUUUUACUUCAACUGAAGAACAUGGUGAAACUAAUUCACACAUUAGCUGAUCAUGGCGAUGAUGUCAACUGUUGUGCCUUCUCCUCUUCCCUCUUGGCUACUUGCUCCUUGGACAAAACAAUUCGCCUCUACUCCCUGAGUGACUUUACUGAAUUGGCACACUCUCCAUUGAAGUUUCACACCUAUGCUGUCCACUGCUGCUGUUUCUCCCCUUCAGGACAUAUUUUGGCAUCAUGUUCAACAGAUGGUACCACUGUCCUAUGGAAUACUCAGAAUGGACAGACAUUGGCAGUGAUGGUGCAGCCCAGUGGGAGCCCUGUGAGGGUUUGCCGGUUUUCCCCAGACUCCACUUGCCUGGUAUCAGGGGCAGCUGAUGGAACUGUUAUUUUGUGGAAUGCGCAGUCAUACAAGUUACAUAGAUGUGGUAGUGUUGAGGAUGGCUCCUUGGUGGCCUGUGCAUUUUCUCCCGACGGAAACCUCUUUGUCACUGGCUCCUCAUGUGGAGACUUAACCGUGUGGGAUGAUAAAAUGAGAUGUUUGCAUAGUGAAAAAGCACAUGAUCUUGGAAUGACCUGCUGCGAUUUUUCUUCACAGCCAGUUUCUGAUGGAGAACAAGGUCUUCAGUGUUUUCGAUUGGCAUCAUGUGGUCAGGAUUGCCAGACCAAAAUUUGGGUUGUUUCUUUUAGCCAUAUCUUAGGUUUUAAAUUAAAAUAUAAAAGUGCACUGAGUGGGCACAGUGCUCCUGUUCUGACUUGUGCUUUUUCUUACAAUGGGCAGAUGCUAGUCUCAGGAUCAGUGGAUAAGUCUGUUAUAGUGUAUGACAUUAAUACUGAAAAUAUACUUCACACAUUGACUCAGCAUACCAGGUAUGUCACAACUUGUGCCUUUGCCCCCAAUAUCCUUUUGCUUGCUACUGGUUCAAUGGACAAAACAGUGAACAUCUGGCAGUUUGACCCAGAAACACUUGGCCAAGCAAGGAGCACAGAAGGGCAACUGAAACAGUUCACUGAAGAUUGGUCCGAAGAUGAUGUCUCAGCGUGGCUUUGUGCACAAGAUUUAAAAGACCUUGUUGGUGUUUUCAAAAUGAAUAACAUCGAUGGGAGAGAAUUGUUGAAUCUUACAAAAGAAAGCCUGGCUGAUGAUUUGAAAAUUGAAUCUCUAGGGCUGCGCAGUAAAGUUCUGAGGAAAAUCGAAGAGCUCAGGACAAAGGUGAAAACCCUUUCUUCUGAAAUUCCUGAUGAAUUUAUAUGUCCAAUCACUAGGGAGCUUAUGCAGGAUCCUGUCAUCGCUUCAGAUGGCUAUUCAUAUGAAAAGGAAGCAAUGGAAAACUGGAUCAGCAAAAAGAAACGCACAAGUCCCAUGACAAAUCUUGUUCUUUCUUCAGCAGUACUUACACCAAAUAGGACUCUGAAAAUGGCCAUCAAUCGAUGGCUAGAGACACACCAAAAAUAAAAUUAUUUCUAUUAUAUUGUAUUA